AUGGAUAUCUGCAAUCUGUCAUUCACUUUCCUCCUCCUGUCCACAACAGUCAUGUUGUAUUUCAGGACUCUAUUCGCUCAUCCCAUCCACAUUACCAGCCCCCCUGCACCCGUGCAGGUUCCAGCUCCCUCGCCAACCUACACCCUUGCCUUCCUCGACGAGCCCGUCUUCAAACCACUGGCAUCUCACAUAGCGGAGCAUCCAUAUCCGUGGCGUGAUAAACGUCCAUUCCAGGAGACUAAUUAUGCGUUGCUUAUGGGUGCUGUUCAGUCUCUUCUCGAGGCUGAGAUUGAGGAGGAAGAGGGUGGUGUGGCAUUGAAUGAGAGCUAUGAGCAGCAGGGUGCCGUUGAGAGUAACUCGACUGAGACUUUUCUUCUUUGGGUUGGGGCUGGGGAAGAUGAACAGUGGCCUUGUGCUUAG